GGUUUUCAAUCAACCCAUCCUACUUCUCGUCUUCCCAUUGACUGCAUUUUACAUCGGCACGUGAGGAAGAACAGGAUCUCAUUUUGAUCCCACUUGGUUUAAUUCGGUGAAUACAUCUUCUUCUUCUUCUUCUUCUUCUUCCCCUCUUUUGUUCUGGGAUACGUUCAUAUAUGGGAUCUUUGCACGCGCUGUCCUUGCAUAUGCAUGCUUCCAAGUGCACUACUUUCUUAACAAUUUGUCUCAUUGUGAGGCUCUACUUCUCGCGGGCAGUCCGAUCGCAAUCCUGUCUCUUACUUUCUUUUUUUCAAUUGCUAUUCUUUCCCGGCGUCAUUUUCGUCACACUAAUUUAGUCAGAUUUGUCUCAAACCAAGGCCCUUUUAGCUGAUAUUCUCGUGAAGGACCUGUAUUGCCGAAGAAACAAACAAGGCGUGAUUAUUGCGUCACUGUGAGACAGCCGCGACCACUUUCUGUUAGAGAGAGUUCUUUUUGGGUUGCCCAUCUAGUAGUGUCCGUACUGCGACCGAUUUUGGAGUUUCCUUCUCGUAUUGCAACGAUGUUCAUUCUCUUUGGAGCUGCAGUUGCCAUUAUAGUGUUCGAAGCGGCUUCCAUUCUUACAUUGACGGGGAUUUGCGCGAGCCACGGGAAGAAGAAACGGCUUAACAGUUCUCGUCCAGUGGCGGAUGCCGGACAGGGGAACAUGCGUGGCACAGGUGGAAAUGGUAGAGUAAGGAAUGGUGGUGUAAUCCAUGCACCUGGCGUGGGAGGUGGAGAUGGAGCUGAAUAUGAUUACAGAAGAACCUAUGGUUUUAAAGGUGGAGAUUAUGGAGACACCGAUGGCUAUGGAAACGAUGGAAGAAGCAACCACUGUUCAUCUAGCCGUAGUAGAGGCGUUAUGAAACUUGUGCAGGUUCAUCGGAAGUCGAAGAAAAUUGUUUUAUGGUGAUGUAUUUUCAACAGGUGACGGGGAUGGAGGUGGAGACGUAGGGGGUGACUAUGGAGGGGACGGGGGUGGAUGCGGAGGCGGAGGUUGUGGAGGAGGUUGCAGUUGUGACUAAGCCAUCCUUCUCGCAUCGCCGCUUGCUUUAGUGUAGACAAACCAUGCACUGAUUAAUACGAAGCGCGCGAUGGAUUCGUGUCCGGAAACACGCUAGACUGCAAUUGUUUGCUCGGGAUUCCGACACAAAACAUUUUGCGAUCAAAAUGUAUCAUAACACCUACGUGUAAAUUAUCCUACAAUCUCAGAUUCAUUCGUCAGUCAGUGCAGUAGUUUCCAUUCGAAGAGACGAGAAUGAGAAGCAGUACGAAUGCACAAUUUAUUUUUUCUGAACAGAACCAUCAUCAUAAAUCAACUGUUUGAAGGUAAUGAUUUUUCCGAGGUCGGGACAGAUUCUCAAGCACCACAGGUGUGCAAAGCUUGAACACACGGGUCGAAUGUGCAACAACCAGUUAUCAAAACAGCUCAUUCUCUAAUUGCACCAAGAACUUUUCCAGCACUUGAAACGAGGAUCUCGAUCCAGUCGAUGGAGAAUCCCAACACUCCAGCAAAACCCUAAAACCUGAUUCCCUUACUAGAACGUCAAGUCGAUCUUAUCGCGAGGUCAUGACGUGCGGAGCUCAACCUUCCCCGCAUCAGCCGAAGUAUCUAGCAAAGCUUGAGCAGUGGGGUGUCGAAGACGCGCUGGUUGGAAACGAUGCCGCAGGACUGCCAAUGUUUCAGUGCGGGAAAUAGCAACUGCAUCAAAUAAAACACAAUUUCAGCAUGAAACGAUUGCGGAUCCUCCUGGUGGAAUCGAGAAGUACGCCGACAGCCAACUUGGCUGCAUUCGCUAAUUCGCCGCAUCGAUUAAUGGUGACAUGGCGAGUCACGAAUGGUUUGGCCGUUGCCAACGAAGAUAAAUGACUGAGUUAGCCUUCUCAACCUUUUCGUUACCAGUUUGAAUACCAACGUUAUUCAUCCAUAUAAGAUUAGGGUUUGUUGGCCACGCCAUCAUCCAUCUAUUAGUUAGGGUUUCAUCUUGUCAUUAGGAUUUCAUCCUUGUCAGAUGGAAGAACAUAUCCAGUUUCCAUAUCCUCCAUAUUAAAUCUAUUUUAGGUACAUGUACACUUUAUUUCAGAUCAAUUAGAACUUAUCUAGUGCCAAGUGUACACAAAUUGCUAUCAGAGCUAGGCUUAUGAAGAAAUAUUGUAGAAUUGCUUACUUUUUGAAUAGGCAAAGUUCUUCAAGUGUUGUCUUUGUGUACACUAUCUAAAGUAAAGAAUUUUGGACCCACUUGGGAGAGACA